CUAGUUGUGCACUUCCGUUUAGCUCGGGAAGAUAGCUGGAAGAGCGGUCAAAUAAUUUACUGAUGUAUUUAUGUAAAAUCGUAUCGUAAUUGUUUAGAUACGCGCUAUUCUGUCGCCUCCUGGGACCAUAUUUAGGAACCGACAAUGAUCCGCUUCAUCCUCAUCCAGAACCGAGCAGGGAAAACACGACUGGCCAAAUGGUACAUGCAGUUUGAUGAUGAUGAGAAACAGAAGUUGAUCGAGGAAGUGCAUGCUGUGGUGACGGUCAGGGAUGCCAAGCACACCAACUUUGUGGAGUUCAGGAACUUCAAGAUCAUAUACCGACGUUACGCUGGUCUGUACUUCUGUAUUUGUGUGGACGUGACUGAUAACAACCUGGCAUACCUCGAAGGAAUCCACAACUUUGUAGAGGUGCUGAAUGAAUAUUUCCACAACGUGUGUGAAUUGGACCUUGUGUUCAACUUCUACAAGGUUUACACGGUGGUGGACGAGAUGUUCCUGGCGGGAGAGAUCAGGGAGACCAGUCAGACCAAGGUGCUCAAGCAGCUCCUCAUGCUGCAGUCGCUUGAGUAAAAUACAGAAAACCAUUCUUCCUACCUUCCCACCAAUCCUUCACUCUUUCAAAACUUCAGGACAGCUGUUUUUAGAACUAGAAAUGCACAAUAUUGAUAACAUUUAUGAUUCGGAGGUUCCAGUAGCCUGUGUGUGACAGCGCUCUAUAUGUUGCAGUACUCUGCAUUUCCAAUGAAGUCCCCCAGUAUUAAGAGGCUCUACAUUUCAACAUGUUAACCUUUCAUUAUGUUAGCAUUUCACAAACCGCCUUAGUUCCAAUCAUCUUUUGCCUCUGUUUACUGCCUUUUCCUCCUCUCCCUUUAUAUAUAAAUAAAUCAAAUAAAGAUUAACAUUAACUUCAUUUAAUGACACUACUGUAACUAACAAGCACCUCAUAGAAAGAGCCUCUGCCUGAAACAGCCAUUACUAUAAAGAAAGACUGUGUUAGUGACGUGCUAUUAGAUUUAUCAAUCUGGAUCAUAGUGCAAGCAAACCACAACUAGAAAGCCCUUCAGAGCAAUUGAGCCUCAACAGGAAGUUGAUCAUUGAAUGGAGUGUACUCAGGAUGAGUGUCAUUGUGAAGGUGUGUUAUGGUAACCUGUGCCCUCCUCUCAUGGCCCAUAACGAUCAGCAGUGUAUCCUAUGUUAGCUCGGAUAGCUGCGCUCCAGAUGUGGUAAUUGUUUUCACUGCAUAGAAAACCAUCGUGAUCAUUUGAUGCUACUCGUGGUGCUUGUUGGUCACACUUAAAAACCCAAUCAGAAGGAAAUAAAGACCUGGACGUAGAACGUGUAUUUUACAUUCAAGCAGUACUGUGAAGUUUGCUUUGUAUGGUGUUUACGUACAGUGUAUCUGGCGUAUGUUGAAUAUUAUAAAAAUAACAAAUGCAUUCCAGAAAGAGUUGUUCUUGCUCACUAGAUCUGAGGAGUAUUUACUUGUGUGAAAUCAAUAAUUCCUUUGCCAUUGCGUAAAACAAAUUGGCUUUUAACAUACUCCUCCAAGCUUCAUGAACUUUGAGAAAAGAAAAGCUGCUUUUAUGCAUUUCCCUUUGCUGGACUUCAAUGUUUAUGAAAUAUCUUGUCAUACUCUGAUUUUACUUUAUCCAGUCACGAAGGUGGUUACAAAUGUUACUGUUGUUGGACUUUUGUAUUUUUUUUUUUAAUCAUUAGGCAAUUGUGAAAUAUGUAAUGCUUCCUUGUCCCCUGUGAGUUUGUUGAUGGAAGACGUGUGCUUGUUUGUAUUUCUGUCUCUGGUUCAACUUCCCACAAUGCGUCCCAUUAUAUGUAAAUAUAUAAAAUAAACAAAUGAAGUGAUACAUGAUGAUCAA